CGUAUUAUUUGGACAACCCAAAACAAUAAAGGACGAUUAGAAAUAUAUCACGAAGGUGAAUGGGGAACAGUAUGUGAUAAUGAUUUUGAUAAUGUUGAUGCAGCAGUAGCAUGUAGACAGCUCGGAUAUUGUUCAGGAAUGGUGAUUGCCGCAUCUCGUGUACAGGAUGGUCAGGGUACCAUUUGGUUAACUGACGUAGUUUGCUCAGGUUCAGAAAGUAAAUUAGUGAAUUGUACAUACAAUGUCCAUACAGCACAGUGUGAACACUAUAAAGAUGUUGGCAUCCAUUGUUUUCUCAACUGUUCAACGGAAGAUGAAGGUACUUUACGUUUAGGUUCGAAGCAAGCUGAGAAUAAAGGACGACUUGAAAUUCAUUAUAAAGGUGAAUGGGGAACAGUAUGUGAAAAUUACUUUGGUGAUGUUGAUGCCGCAGUAGCCUGUAUACAGCUUGGAUAUUGUUCAGGAAUGGUAAUUGCCGCAUCUCGUGUACAGGAUGGUCAGGGUACCAUUUGGUUAACUGACGUAGCUUGCUCUGGUUCAGAAAGUAAAUUAGUGAAUUGUACUUACAAUGUCCAUACAGCACAGUGUGAACACUAUAAAGAUGUUGGCAUCCAUUGUUUUUUCAACUGUUCAACGGAAGAUGAAGGUACUUUACGUUUAGGAUCGAAGCAAGCCGAGAAUAAAGGACGACUUGAAAUUCAUUAUAAAGGUGAAUGGGGAACAGUAUGUGAAAAUUACUUUGGUGAUAUUGAUGCCGCAGUAGCCUGUAGACAGCUCGGAUAUUGUUCAGGAAUGGUGAUUGCCGCAUCUCGUGUACAGGACGGUCAGGGUACCAUUUGGUUUACUGACGUAGCUUGCUCUGGUUCAGAAAGUCAAUUAGUGAACUGUACAUACAAUGUCCAUACAGCACAGUGUGAACACUAUAAAGAUGUUGGCAUCCAUUGUUUUUUCAACUGUUCAACGGAAGAUGAAGGUACUUUACGUUUAGGUUCGAAGCAAGCUGAGAAUAAAGGACGACUUGAAAUUCAUUAUAAAGGUGAAUGGGGAACAGUAUGUGAAAAUUACUUUGGUGAUAUUGAUGCCGCAGUAGCCUGUAGACAGCUCGGAUAUUGUUCAGGAAUGGUGAUUGCCGCAUCUCGUGUACAGGACGGUCGGGGUACCAUUUGGUUUACUGACGUAGCUUGCUCUGGUUCAGAAAGUCAAUUAGUGAACUGUACAUACAAUGUCCAUACAGCACAGUGUGAACACUAUAAAGAUGUUGGCAUCCAUUGUUUUUUCAACUGUUCAACGGAAGAUGAAGGUACUUUACGUUUAGGUUCGAAGCAAGCUGAGAAUAAAGGAAGACUUGAAAUUCAUUAUAAAGGUGAAUGGGGAACAGUAUGUGAAAAUUACUUUGGUGAUAUUGAUGCCGCAGUAGCCUGUAGACAGCUCGGAUAUUGUUCAGGAAUGGUGAUUGCCGCAUCUCGUGUACAGGACGGUCAGGGUACCAUUUGGUUUACUGACGUAGCUUGCUCUGGUUCAGAAAGUCAAUUAGUGAACUGUACAUACAAUGUCCAUACAGCACAGUGUGAACACUAUAAAGAUGUUGGCAUCCAUUGUUUUUUCAACUGUUCAACGGAAGAUGAAGGUACUUUACGUUUAGGUUCGAAGCAAGCUGAGAAUAAAGGACGACUUGAAAUUCAUUAUAAAGGUGAAUGGGGAACAGUAUGUGAAAAUUACUUUGGUGAUAUUGAUGCCGCAGUAGCCUGUAGACAGCUCGGAUAUUGGUGUGUAAAACGUUUAACAUGUUACAUGUUUAAAGCAGAAAAACAAGUGCACACAUUUGAUUAA